AUGCACGAGACAAUCUGCGCCGAAUGUUGUGCACUUUUUGCAUCGGUACGUGUCUUUUGUGCAUUGCGCGCUUCGGCGUAUCGGCUCAUCUUCUCGAUCGGACUCGUGCCUCAAGCAGUUGGUGUGUACACGAUCGUGUCUGUCCCUGCUCCGGGAUGCAGACAGUCGGGUCGCUUCUCAAGGCACCGGCCUAACUGCCUCUCGCAGACCUGUUGGCAACGUAGCCAAUCCGGCCGGCUGAAGGGUCGAAGGGGAGGAGGAAGAGGGUAUGAGGAUGAAGAUGUUUAG